GCCUCGGCUUUGAUUCCUUUCCCUCUUCCGGAGUCCCAUCUCUCGUUUCUUCUUUUCCUCUUCCAUCCUUCUCUCUCCCAAAGCGUUUCUUGUCUUCUUAUGUGAUACAGCCUCUUCUCGGUUUCUCCUCAUCAAUUUGAUGAACAAAGCGAAGUCCGAUACUUCUUCCAUUGAUUCCUCUUGUAUCUUUGUGUUUGCCGUAUGAUCACGAGGUGUUUGACCUCGGCUCCCGACCAAGCCAUGGAUUUUUCUUGCAGUGACUACGUCCGCGCGCUUGAGGAGGAGCGCAAGAAGAUACAAGUGUUCCGUAGAGAGUUGCCUCUUUGUAUGCAACUCGUCACUCAAGCCAUCGAAAGCUUCAGGCAAAGGAUGGAUGAUAGGCCUGUGCUGGAGGAGUUCAUUCCGUUGAAGCCGAGCUCGUCAUCGUCCUCGAAAGAGAGAUUUACAGAUGCUCAGAAGAGCAUGCCACCGCCGGCGACCGGAUCGUCUGAGAAGCUGGAUUGGCUUAAGUCGGUCCAGCUGUGGAAUCAGAGUGCAGAAACAGAGGCCGAGCCUCCUCCUCCUCCUCCUAUGAAGCCGAUAGCAGUCGGUGCUAACGGAGGAGCAUUUCAUCCUUUUGUAAGAGAAAAUAAAGUUGCUGCAGCGGCAAGCUCAAAUGCUAGCAAAGGAGACGUUUGUGGUGGAGGAGGUGAUGGUGGCAGCGAUGACAAGAAGGAAGGUCAGUCUCAGUCUCAGUCUCAUAAGAAGACAAGACGGUGUUGGUCGCCGGAGCUCCACCGCCGGUUUCUCCAUGCCCUCGAGCAGCUCGGUGGCGCUCAAGUUGCAACGCCAAAGCAAAUCAAGGAGCUAAUGAAGGUGGAUGGCCUGACCAACGACGAAGUUAAGAGCCAUUUACAGAAAUAUCGACUAUACCACCAGAGGCAGAGCCCUGAAGCUAAAGGCACCGAUAGCAUCCAUCAUGUUCCACAGUUUGUGUUAAUGAGAGGCGUAUGGGUUCCACCUCAGGACUCCCCAGCAGCAGUAGAAAUUCCUGGUUCUGGUUCACCUACUCCUCGUGUUUACACCCCUGUGGCUGCACUGGCAUCAGACUUAAGAUUCAAGCAGCAGAAGCCUAGCAUGGCACAAACAAGAGGAAAAAAUAAUGACGACGACGACGAUGAUGGUGCAUCCAACUCUUCCUCUUCACAGACGACAACAGCCUCACCUCAGCGUAACUGAGACCUUACUCUAUUAUUUUGAAUUUUUUUUUCUCUGCCAUAACACUCACUCUCCUUCCUAUGGAAUAAAAUCGACAGGAUAAAUGUAUGUGAAACAGUUUGAUUUGAGAUUGAUUACUUAGGGUUUUUGCUGACACACUUCAGGUUAUACUUAUAGCUUUACACUUUUUACAUUGUUUUUAGACGAUAAGAUUUAGAAUUGCCGUUGUAAGAUUGUUGAGUAGCUGUUUAAUUAUUUAUUUAUUUUAUUCCUUCGUAUGAGGUUAAUUUUAACUUGGAGACUUUAGGGAGAUAUCCCUUCACAUGGUAUGAAAUGGAAUGGACUGCUUGGAGAAGGAUGGAAGCCAAUGACAGUAUCUUAUCUUAUCAUAUCAUGACAAAGAUAUCCAAUAAUUGGCUGCUUUUUAGGAUAAUUUUCGGAUUAUGUUGUCUCUUAUCCUUUGUGUACGCCUCUUGCUGGAAUAAUGUUGUAGCAAAUGCUUGCCGACAAACAUUACUUAAUCUAGGCAUCUAAUUCUUUAAAUUUAAUAA